ACGGUCCUCGGAAUUUUGUACUUCAGUGUUCCGAAUUCUAAAGUACGACUCGCAUUCAUACGAAAAUAGCGCUUUAAAUGCAAAUUAUCAUAAACCAAGACAUGUGAAAUAGAGUCAGAAACAAUAGUAAAACAUAUCCUGACACGGUUUUGGUGAAAGCUCAUAAUUUGUAGAAAUAAAGCGGCGGAGAGCUAAAUCUGUUUCACAACCACAGAGAGAGACAGAAAAUACUUUUAGUAGGAGUAUAAUGAGUUGCAUAUGAACACUGGCGUUAUCCAAAGCGAGACACAGUCGGUGAAUUGUAGACAGGAAGAGCUCAAAUACCUUAAAUUAUUCACUUUACAACUGUCUGUAAAUGCAACAUUUGCCUAGCAACUAGUCGAGAAAUGCGUUUGUUGUUAAACAAACCACGCUGAGCCAAGACUGUGUCGCUUCUGUAAACUCAGUCCCGUUAAACGAGCUUGUUUUUAGACCCUCAAAAUGUCCGAGGUCGUGCAUCCACCGGAAAGCGUCUACAACCUCAUUCCCAGGGAAGAGGUUCAUAUUCAAAAACCACCGAGGUAUAUGUCCAAGCAUAGGCCAACAGUUGUUCUUGAGGAAAAGUCAACCAAGGAUGCAAUGAGGACGAUGGGACCAGCAAAAGUAGAGGUGCCCUCCCCAGAGAAAUACCUCAAGAAGCACUCAAAAGAGCCCAAAUUACCCGAAAUGACACAGUGUUCGAAGGAGUUUCGCACCACCUGCGCUGUGAAGAAACCACCUGUUCCUGCGAGGACAGACAUCCCACCUAUGGGCAUUCGCACCAAGAGAGACUUCAUAAAGACAGCUACAGCAGUCCCAAUGAAGCCCCAGCCUGUCUGCGUAGACACCAGCAAGGGACACAAGCAGCUCCUUGAGAAAUCAGGACUUCUCCCCAAGUACAUUAAAAAAAAGCAUUAUGGAGAAGUGCCGGACUACCUGCUGCAGCGCAAUGACGAAGAGCGGAGAGCUCAGGAGGAGUAUGACGACUUUGUGAGAGAACAGAGGGAGAAGGGAGCCAUGAAACACCUGUCUGACGAGGAGCGACAAACCAUCCUGGAGGGCCUGAAGAAGAACUGGGAUCAGCUGCACCGUGAGUACCAGGGCCUCUCGCUCGUCACGGACACCAUUUCGAAGAAGUUCCAUAAGGAGCGCCUCGAGGUGGCGAUGAAGCAGCUGGAGAGCGACAUCGGCCACUUUGAGAGAUUCAAGACCAUCUACAUACCCACUAUCUAGGACAUAAAAAAAAAACUCUUACCUAAUCAGAUGUACUGUAUGUCUUGAGACCGUCACCCUUACUUUAAAUAUCACAUGGGCUUGAGUAAAAUAAGUAUGAAUGAAUAUUUCACUGUGGACUAAUGCUGUUCUUGGGUCUACCACUAGUAGUGCACAAAAUGAUGUACUCUCUCUAAAAUAUUAUGUAAUUUUAAAGCAAAAUUUGGAAUUUAAGGUUUUUUUUUGAGUAGAGCCUUUUAGAGAUAUUCACUUUUUGCCCCAGAUAAUGACAAAACAAUUGUUUCUUUAUUCCUCCCUUCCUUUUUUAUCAUUUCAUCUUCCUCUCUUAAAAUGGAAGAUCUCUGAGAGCCUCUUUUGCAAGCAGUCGUGGCCCCGUGCAGGCUCUAAGAGUAUCCUUUAAAAUCAAUUUCACACUGACUCAAUAAAAGUUACCGCAGCGAAACUGAA